CCGGGGAAAGGCAUGGUGACAUCACAGGCGGGGCAUGACAUCAGUCUUGAUCAAGUCACGCUGGCGGCCUCCCCCAGCUCAGACACUUGGAGCACUCGCUCCGUCCUGGUGGUCGCUGCUGGAGCUCUGCUCUGGGUGACAGCCACUUGUGUGUUGAGAGCGGUCCUUGGGAGAGAGCAGGAUGAAGCUCAGCCUGACUCUCUUCCUCAUCUUACUUGCUUUCAUCUCUCCAAUUCCUGACACGUCCAGCUGCCUCAGCUGGGUCGGGAGUUGGGACAAAAAGCUGCUCCAUCCCGAGGAGCAGCAUCCCUUAGACACCGAGUGCCAGCCCUCCAGCUGGCUCUCCUGGCUUGGUCUAAACACCUGCCCCACCAAGAUCGAGGAUGGCAACAAAAGGAACGUCCUUCACCAGGAGCACGGACCUACUGACACCAAGAGCCAGCCCUCCAACUGGCUCUGCUGGUUUUGCCAAAACAUCUGCUCCAACCAGAUGGAGGACGGGAACAAAAGGCAGGUCUUUCACGAGAAGCAGAGCCCGGUUGACAUCAAGGCCCAGCCCUCCAACUGGCUCUGCUGGUUCGGCCUAACCACCUGCCCCACAAAGAUCGCGGACGGGAAGAAAGACCAGGUCCUUCCCGAGGAGCAGAGCCUGUUUGAGUCCAAGAGCCAGCCCUCCAACUGGCUCUGCUGGUUCGGCCUAACCACCUGCCCCACAAAGAUCGCGGACGGGAAGAAAGACCAGGUCCUUCCCGAGGAGCAGAGCCUGUUUGAGUCCAAGAGCCAGCCCUACAACUGGCUCUGCAGGCUUGGACUAACAUCCUGCUCCACCAACACAGAGCACGGGAAAACAGAACAGGUCCUUCACGAAGAGCAGCGUCUUGUUAAGUCCAAGAGCCAGCUCUCCAACUGGUUCUGCUGGUUUGGACUAACAUCCUGCUCCACCAAGAUCGAGGACAGCAAGAAACACCAGGUCCUUCCCGAGGAGCACAGCCUCUUUGAGUCCAAGAGCCAGCCCUCCAACUGGCUCUGCAGGCUUGGACUGACAUCUUGCUCCCCCAAGACCAAGGACGGGAAGAAGAACAAGGUCUUUCGUGAGGAGCAGAGCCCCGUUCAGACCAAGGGCCAGCCCUCCAACUGGCUCUGCUGGAUUGGACUGAACACCUGUCCUCAGAAUGGAGAGAAAAAAGUCGUGCGUCCUGAGAAGAGCCUGCCCGUUAAUGCUGAGCGCCGUGCCUCCCACUGGCCCUUCUGGAUUGGCCUUUCUCCACACCCCAGAUGGGUCCCGAACACGGCCAGCCAGUCUGUUGAGCCAGAGGGCCCAAAGCAGCAGUCCCCGCACACCGAGCAAGACGCCUUCAGCGUGCCUGACGUCCUCAACAACUUCAAGGACUUAAUAACGCCAGCCCUGAUAAUCUGCGUCAUUCUGGAUUUAUGGGGAAACUGCUAUCUGUUCCGGCUGCUGUGGGUUGCCUACCAGCUCUGGAGAGAAUUCUGA